AUGGCAUCCUCUAAUCUCCCAACUACAAUGAAGGCUAUUCUCCAGCCCGACAAACACUCCCACAAACUCAUCCUCUCAUCCCAACAACCCGUCCCAACCCCAACACAUCCUCAAGACGUCCUCGUCAAAGUCCACGCUACUUGUCCCUGCAAGGGCGAACUCGACUGGGCCCUCUGGGCACCCGAGUUCAUCGGCGAAAAGAUCCCCAUUCCUGGCCAAGACCUCGCGGGAACAGUCGUCUCAGCCCCAGACAACAGCGGCUUUAAGUCAGGCGACGAGGUCUACGCUCGUAUUGAAGCGAACCGUCCUGGUGCAGGUGCUGAGUAUGUUCUUGCACGAGUCUCUGAGCUUGCCAUUAGGCCUAAGAACUUGACUUGGGCUGAAACUGCGGCGAGUCCUAUUAGUGCACUUACUGCAUACCAGGGAUUGUUCACUAGGGGAGGGUUGGAUCCGGAGGCUUUGAAGGGGGAUGAGGCUACGCGGGAGAAGAAUGGCCAGAUCCGGAUUUUGAUCAAUGGCGCUGCUGGGGGAGUUGGAAGCUGGGCUGUACAACUCGCUCGCAUCGCUGGGGUCAAGACUAUCACAGGAGUUGUUGGAACACAGAGCAUUGAUUUCGUUCGACAACUUGGUGCGACUGAGACCGUCGAUUACAAGAAGCAGAGCAUCGGAGAGUGGGUUGCCCAAGAUCCUGCAUCUCGACAGUUCGACCUCGUCUUCGACUGUAUCGGCAUGCCAUCUCUGUCUCAGGCGUGGUAUGCAGUUCAAGAGGGGGGAACACUUGUCAGCGUCUGUGCUCCCCCAGAGCAGAAUCGUCCAGAAGAUGUCAAGAAGGAAGUCAACAGUUUCUUCUUCGUUAUUGAUCCGGUCGGAAAAGAUCUGGAUAUCAUCACUAAACUUCUGGAGGCCGGUCAACUUAAGCCGCAUAUCGAUAGUGUAGUUGGUCUGGACGACUUUGAAGAGGCCUGGGAGAAGGUUGAGUCGGGUCGAACUAAGGGAAAGGUUGUUGUUAUGGUGAUGAAGGACGAGUAG